AUGCCUAAGAGAAAGACUAAAGGGGAUGCUAAAGGAGAUAAGGCCAAGGUAAAGGACGAACCACAGAGAAGAUCCACCAGGUUAUCAGCUAAACCUGCUCCUCCAAAGCCAGAGCCCAAGCCUAAAAAGGCCCCUGGGAAGAAGGGAGAGAAAGUACCGAAAGGGAAAAAGGGGAAAGUUGAUGCUGGCAAGGAUGGGAAUAACCCUGCAGAAAAUGGAGAUGCCAAAACAGACCAGGCACAGAAAGCUGAAGGUGCUGGAGAUGCCAAGUGAAGUGGGUGCAUUUUUGAUAGCUGUGUAUUUCUGGUGACUGUACAGUUUGAAAUACUAUUUUUAUCAAGUUUUAUAAGAAUGCAGAAUUUUGUUUCACUUUUUUUUUAAGCUAUGUUGUUAGCACACAGAACACAUCAUUGUUAUUUUUUGGGGAACGGACAUAUAGUACUAAUAGAAUGUCUCCAAAGCUGGACUGACAUUGGGGGAAAAACACCUUUCCUUUCUAGUUUUGAGAAACUUCCUCUUGGAUUCUGGAAGGAGGGAUCUCUUGAUGUUGACACACAUUAGCCAUCUUGGCACAAACACCUUGUCGUGUGGGAGAACUAAAAUUCAUUUUUAUGUCCUUUUCUCCCUCUCCACUUUAAGCAUAGACUUUGGCUCUCUUAAGCCCAGAGACGUAUGGGGACCUGACCC